ACGCAGUGACACACCUUCACUCGCGCGUUGGUUGCUGGUUGUCGUGGAAGGUCAAGAAGUGCAAAGCCCGGUGAGAAACAGCAGCACUGCGCAAAGACAAUGAAGCUGCCGGUAUUAUAACACAAGCUUACCGAUCUCUGAAGCUGACGGACAACUGUGCACUAUGUUUUAACAAUAAUAGGAGGAUCAAGUGAGUGAAUAUCCAGUAUGUCUGCGUUGUCGCGGCAUGAUUUUGGUCCAGCUGCUGCUGAACCGAGGAAAACAGAACCCAAAAGCAAAGAGAAGAAAUGCUCAUGGGCCUCUUAUAUGACCAACUCCCCUACCAUGAUCGUCAUGAUUGGCCUGCCUGCGAGAGGCAAAACUUACAUGUCUAAAAAGCUCACACGCUACCUCAACUGGAUAGGAGUUCCCACCAAGGUGUUUAACCUCGGUGUGUACCGGAGGGAAGCCGUCAAAGCAUACAAGUCUUAUGACUUUUUUAGACAUGACAAUGAAGAGGCCAUGAAGAUACGAAAACACUGUGCCUUAGUGGCCCUGCAAGAUGUGAAGAUCUACCUGAAUGAGGAAGGCGGGCAAAUAGCUGUUUUCGAUGCCACAAACACAACUCGGGAGAGGAGAGAUCUCAUAUUGAGCUUUGUGGAGGAGAAUGCAUACAAGGUGUUUUUUGUGGAAUCAGUUUGUGAUGACCCAGAUGUUAUUGCUGCUAACAUCAUGGAAGUGAAAGUUUCAAGUCCAGAUUAUCCAGAGGCACACAGAGAGAGAGUCAUGGAUGAUUUCCUGAAACGCAUCGAAUGUUAUAAGGUCACUUACCAACCUCUAGAUCCUGAUGAAUAUGACAAAGAUCUCUCUUUCAUUAAGGUGAUGAAUGUGGGCCGCCGGUACUUGGUAAACCGGAUUCAGGACUACAUUCAGAGUAAGAUUGUUUACUACCUCAUGAACAUCCACGUACACUCGCACUCCAUCUACCUGUGCCGACACGGAGAGAGCGAGCACAAUGUCCAGGGCCGUAUUGGGGGGGACUCUGAACUCUCUCCCAGAGGGAGGCAGUAUGCAAGUGCCUUGCGUGAAUUCAUUGAGGAGCACAAGCUGUCUGAUUUGAAGGUUUGGACCAGCCAGUUAAGGAGAACCAUCCAGACAGCUGAAGCGCUGAGAGUUCCCUACGAACAGUGGAAAAUCCUAAAUGAGAUAGAUGCUGGGGUGUGUGAGGAGAUGACCUAUGAAAUGAUCCAGAACUCAUUCCCUGAAGAGUACGCACUUAGGGACCAGGACAAGUAUCACUACAGAUAUCCAGGAGGAGAGUCGUAUCAGGACCUGGUUCAGAGGCUGGAGCCUGUCAUCAUGGAGCUUGAGAGACAGGGCGAUGUACUUGUCAUCUGCCAUCAGGCUGUGAUGCGCUGUCUGCUGGCCUAUUUUUUGGACAAGAGUGGAGAUGAUCUUCCUUACAUAAAAUGUCCCCUUCAUAGUGUCAUGAAGCUCACUCCUGUUGCCUACGGUUGCAAAGUGGAGAUGUUUAAUAUGAAUGUGGAGGCAGUCAACACACAUCAAGACCGACCACUGGAGAGAGUCAAGCGAGAAUCCACCCCUCUGCUGCUGAGGCGAAAUAGUUACACGCCCCUCUCCACUCAUGACCGGGUUAAAAGGCCUCGCCUCUACAGUGCCGGCAAUCGGCCCUGGCUGCCCCUCGCCCUUUCCCCUACCACCCUGCACUUGCCCGACACGCCAGGAGAGGCGCCGCUGCUUCAGCAAAGCCAAGUUAGUUCUCAUGCAGGAGCCAAUCAUCUGACACCUUGUGUGAAGGACUCUACUUUGGCGGCACAGAUGAAUUUAAUGACUGUUUCCGCUUCUGAGUGAGACCGAUCUUAUAUUUUUAAACCCUGCAUGUUAUGUACGUUCACAUUAUCUCUCUCCACACCCUUGCUUUAACAAUGACUGAACAUCAUCUCAUCAUGACAUCACUACAGCUAAAAAUAACUCUGUAAUAUUUUAUCAUAACCGUUGGGGAUUUAAUAUGUGAAUGUGAUUCAAAAUAUAAUUUAAUCUUUACAUUUGAUGCCUUAUGGAAGACUAAACGAGAGAUUCUCUCUAUAAAUGUGAUUUAUUAGUAUUUGGACACAACAUUGCACAAUGUACAAAUGCAGGAGUGGAUGACUGAAUUGUUUCCCAUGAUACAAAUCUUAUAACUAUUUCAACAUCUUGCAGACAGUCAUCAGAAAGAUUAAAAAAGGAAAUGGGACAAAGGUUUAUAAAUGUGAUGUCAGAGAGGUGAAAAGGUAAAUUGCUUAAAGUCGGCCAAAGGAAGAGACUUAAUUGGAUUUGAAUAAUAUAGAUGGUACUUUAUGGGAUAUUGUACAAAGUUCACAGUGUUGGAUUAAUAUUUUUAUAGUAAUGUACUGUGUAGCAUCAUGACAAUGCUGCAAGGAUUUAAAUGAAAUGUAUUUUACAGAUCAGGUCAGUAACACAGGAGUGUAUUUUUAUAUAUUAGAAUGUCUUGAAUGUCUUUGUUUACCAUGCAGUCCUGUAUGGAUGGCCAGUGCACUAAACAAAUACGUGCAAGUUCAAACUCUUAUCAGCCAUAUAAUACAAGUUUGUUAAAAUUAAGUUAACUGGAGAAACACGUUACUGUCUAUUUAUAUUUUUAAGAGGCUGCACUUUUCUGACAUAAAUGAAAUGUCGCUGGGGUUUCCUGGAGGUUAAGUCCAUUCACAUAUCUCUCAAAAUAAAUAAAUAAUAAAUAAUUUUGCAUGUGGGAAAUAUGAUAUAUAACAUGUCCAUUUUUAUCACCAUGAUUAAAUGUUAAUGUUUUUUAAUUGUCUACUACAAAUUUUAUCACAUCUUUGCCUUCAGUAUUGAUUUUUAAUGAUCCUGUGAUGUGACAAAUGUAAGUAAUCCAUCAUGUUUUCUCACAUAUAAUAUGGGGGCAAAGAGCUGCGUGCAUGAUAAAUAUAAAAAUGCUAUUAAAAAUAGUGUUGCAUAUCACAUGCUGGAAAUUUCAUCUAAGAAUGUCAAUCAAACAUAAUCCAGCAGUCCUGAAUCACAUUACAUUGUGUUUCAUAGAUGACUAAAACUCCACUUUAUUUUAAUGGAAACCAAGGUCUAGUUACAGAUAUCCAAGCAUGCAUUGCCUUUGUGUAGUGACUGUUAUAAUGAUACAUAGUGCACAUCAAAUGUGACUUUAUCUGAAUGAUAAAUUCUUUACAAUGGUGCCACAGAAUGUGAAUGAUAAAUUGCCUGUCAUGUUUUUCAAUAAUGUUAGUUGCUUUGACUACAUAUAUUAAAUAAAAUAUUCUCUUAUCGCAGACUUUUA